GGGGUGUGGAGGUCCUGACAACCAUAAAACGUGGAGGGUGGGGACGUUUGCCUUUCCAGCUCAGGUUUAAACCAUGGCCAAUGAACCUGUCAUCCUUAACGUGUAUGAUAUGUACUGGAUCAAUGAAUACACUUCCAAUCUGGGCAUUGGAGUCUUCCACUCAGGCAUUGAGAUUUAUGGCAGAGAGUUUGCAUACGGGGGUCAUCCGUACCCUUUCAGUGGCAUCUUUGAAAUCAACCCCGGCAACGCUGCUGAACUGGGAGAGACUUUCAAAUUCAAGGAGGCCAUUGUUUUGGGCACCACAGACUUUACAGAGGAGGACAUAGAUAAAAUCAUGGAGGAGCUCGGUAAAGAGUUCAAAGGCAACGCCUACCAUCUAAUGCACAAAAACUGCAACCACUUCUCCUCCUCGCUGUCUGAGUUGCUGUGCGGACGGGAAAUCCCUCGCUGGGUCAACAGACUGGCGUACUUCAGCUCCUGCAUCCCCUUCCUGCAGAGCUGCCUACCCAAGGAGUGGCUAACCCCGGCCGCCCUGCAGAGCCACAUCAGCCUCGGCCUCCACAAGGAGGAGCAGAACGAGUCGAGCGACGAGGACCCUUCGUCCCCGUCCGAAGCGGCCGCCACCGGCUCCUCCCACAGCUGUCGCCACACGAGGGUGUGAACCGCCCCGCGUACACUGACCUCGGGACCCUCCUGCCACCUCUGCUCGUGGCUCAAGUGGCAUAAGAAGGCUUGAACAACCACCUGACCUCAUACUGUUUGUCCUCUGAGUAAAGAGGCGGGAAAAGAAAUGAGCUUCAGACCU